CUUUCUGCAUGACAUUUCAAAACGUAAAUUUAAACUUGAAACACUUGGCAAGAGGACGGGAAACUAAAUUUUUAAUAUCUUUCUUCAGUGAUUUUUUUAAAUUUCAACUGCAAUUAGCAUAAGUUCCUGUUUCACUCUUGACAGGGUGUAGUUUAAAAUGCAAAUCACAAAAGAAUCGUCAGUCAACCGUAAACAAACAACAGGCUUCGUAUUUACAUUUAUAUUUGAUGAUCAUGCACCGACCUUACAUUUUUUAGUACAUUAAUUAAUUAUAGUUCAUAGUGCUGUUAUGAUGUGAGUCUAUAGAGGGCAAGGAGUAGCGCAUCUUUUAAGUGUAGGCUCAUGUGGGAGUCCAUGUUUUCCUAGUCAGGAAUGUGAGUAAAGCUUUAACAAAGAAUUCAGUCACUACACAGCAACGGUUUAGAAUGAUGAUAUUUGUUGACAGUUUAAUUUUUUUAACAUCUACAAGUGAUUGUUCACCUUGCCUUUUAAGGUCAGAAAAUGCAUUGGAUCUUAAUUAUAUUUAUAUCGUGCUACUUUCCCUGAUCAUAACUGUUAAAUCAGCUGAGGAUAUGGGCAGGCUUUCGUCACAUAUUGUUGCAAAGAUUUUCAGGGAACCACGUUACCACUUGUUGCAAUGCUCGGUUAAGUUAGGGCCACUUCUGAACUCCUCCUACUGAUUCUGCCAAAAUUGCAUGGUCUCUUCUGAUACUCGUCUUACACACAAACAAGGGAUUUGUCGUCUUUACUGAUCCACUGCUAAGAUACAUUUUACGACCAGUAACUUAUAGUCAAGCCCAACUUCUUCACCAGUCGACAAUUCUGUGUAACCUAGCCUUGCCACCUCUCUUACAGGAACGAAAAUAAGCGUACUCCAGUUAAAUGGCAAAACUAGGGUUGUCAUUCUCUGGUGGUGGGACUCGGUCAGCGGCCUUCUGUUCAGGAGUCUUGCGCAGACUACUACAAAAGAACGUAAAUGUAGACUACCUGAGCUGCGUAUCAGGGGGCGGUUACACAGGCACAGCCUACCUGGACUGGAAAUACAGGCACGAGAAGAAGGAUAACAAGAAAUGGCACCUGGAAUUCUUUGAUCACAUGAGAGAGGGUGUCGGCUUAAUCUGCCACUGCCAAAGACCCUGCCAAGCAGUUUUGGAAUCCGUGGCCCUUAUCGCCUUAUUGUUAUUUGUCACUCUCCUUGCACCCAUCUUGCUGUGGAGGCCAUACGCAUUUCCGCUGGCAUAUAUUAUCGAUUUUCUGUUUGGCCGUAUUAUGAGGGGUGGUCGACUUGCUUGCCCUGACCAAGUUCGACGUAACCCAAACAUUACCAUUGAAGAGUGCCAACGGGCGCGUAGGACAGACGACUUGAUCUACCAUCGGUUUGCUUUGUUCGCGAUACCAGUUUGCAUUUCAUUUAUAUCCUAUGUCAUCAAAGGCUUUGUGCAGAAAAAAAAGGGCUAUUUCAAUUUUAUUAGCACCUUUUGUCUAGUGUUUUUUGCUUUGGUGUUUAUCCCAUGGUUCAUAAACGAAUAUAUUCGUUUCCUUCCAACUUGGAUGAAAAUCUUGGUGAUUGUCCCUUUCUUCUUAGUUUGGAUCUCAUUUCCGGCAAUGCGUAGGAACGCUACAUUGAUGACGGUUUGUUACGGCUACUCAUUCGUCAUUCAAAUACGCAUCUACCAUAAUAAUUCCCUGGGGAUCGAAUAUGACGACAGACUCUUCAAUCUGCUGUUGGGAGUGUCUGCAAUUGUGAUGUGGACUGGUCCCCUCAUUUCAGCGAUACAACAAACACUUGGUCACGUGUAUGUCAGAUGGAUCAUCCAAAAGGCAUUUUACUAUCCAAAGACUGUUGGCAGGUGUAGUUGCGGUGGAAUCUCCUGGAGUGACCUUUUCCUUUAUUUGCCAACCUUUGGUAAACCCAAAAUUCAAGCACUGAACCGCAGCGUGGCCCUAACCUUAGAUGACCUCGAUGACGUAACUCCCACGUACAUCGGGUGCGUGACGGUUAACAGAUGGCGACGCACCCCUUCCCCGAGAGAAGCUCAUUAUGAAGUUCUUACCAUGUCCCCCCAUGGGAUCGAACGCCUUGAUCGCGCACCUGAAGAUGAAGAAUUUCACGGCAAGCUGACGCCUAUGGAUGUAUAUCUCUCGGAUGCUGCUGCAACGUCUGCAGCCGCGCUAGACCAUGACGGUGGAAGAAUGGUGAACGAUGAAGCACACUUCAGAGAUUUAAAAGCAAUGUUGGGGCUCUCCUUGGGUGCGUCGAUAGUGGCUGAUAAAAGACACGAGGAAAAGCGACACUUCUGUGUACAGAUUCUUCCACCAUUGAUUGAGUUGAUCCGCGUUAUUCCUUUGCUGGUCUUUGUGGGUAUAUUCAUAAAGACCCGAGAGAGUGAAUACUUGGCAAUUGGAGUACUAAUUUUUUUCGGUAUUUCACUGUUACUCGUGUUCAUGGCACUGGUGCCAACUGGAGGCAAGGAUGUUGGAAGACUGGAACGGCUUGCAAGGUAAGGGUCGGCCUCAACACCGAGAUCGAGAACAUUAUUGACAACAUGCACAGUCAGAAAAUCAAUAGGGCGUGUGCACUCACGUGACCAGCAGCCAUGCAAAUUUAUUGGAACAAAAGAAAGUGUUUACAUAAGAAAAGAGUUGAACUCCCACAGGAUUGGUUUGCACACGUUCUAAAAACAAAUGGGAUAUUCUAAAACGCAAUUUCUGGAACAAACAAAGGAAAUCGGCUUAAUUUUUUCCAGAUAAAAUUAACAAAUCUGGCAUUAAAUGCCCUUUUUGGCUAUUUUUUUUGCCAGAGUGGUAAACAUUUUGGCACAGCUUUGCAUUAACUGCUUAAAUUUUGCCACGAGAAUUGAAAAUGUUAGCUGAUAAGAAAUGGGUAAAUAACUGAAAAUUUUACCAGGACCGGAGCUUUGAAGACAGCUAUGGUAAAAAUGUCACGAAAAGUUAAGAUUUUGGCCAAGAUCUAGUUGCAAAAAUCAGCUUAAAAGAGGAGUUUUCUGCAAGGAAGGCAACAAAUAUGGUAAAAAGUA